GUUCAGUGUGUGCCAGCGAGCCCAUCCAUAGAUUCAUCUCUCCUCCCUGCGUUAGGGUUCCACUCCCGUUCCUCCUCCGGCCGCCACCUCCGCAUCGACCUCCUCGGUUGCCAUGGUGAUGGAUGACAACCAACUCCGGGUGCUCCAGAUCCCUCCGCCUAUCCACCCCGACGAUCCGGAUUCUCCUCUCCCGGAGACCAUCCUCAUCGACUCGUUCGGCUACCUCAGCGACCGCACCAACGCCACCACCGCCAGGGGCCGCAGGAGCAGGACCAAGAAGAAGGGCAAGCGCAUCCUGGUCACCUUCUGGCCGGUUGCCCCGCCGCGCGUCUCCUGCUUCACCGUCCACUGCCCAGAUCUGAAGCCCGAUGUAUUCGCUGACAUCCCCAAGAUCUCCUAUACGGAGGACGACCUCGUCCUGCUCAGCAUCACCAUCUGCCCCGAGCGCCAGCACGUGUACGGCCAGAACAUCCGCUACUUCGUCUACCAGGCCGGCACCAAGAAGACGCCGCCGUCGGUCAAGCUCGUCCACUGUCCCGCCUACUUCAGGAUCUACGACCAAGAGGUUGCCUUACUGCACUGCCACCACCAAGAGAUGUUCUUCAUCGCCGUGCUCCGCUGGGCCUUCAUUGAUCGGGAUUACACCGACGGGCACUUUAAUCUCCACCUGUACAACUCCAAGACAAAGGCAUGGAACAUCAAGUUGAUGCUUCUUGAUUCGCCCAAGGAUUUUGAGUUCCGCUCUUUCAACAAGGGGAUCACCAUUGGAGGGGAGCUUGGUUCAGUGGGUUGGGUCGACCUUAGGCGGGGCAUUAUCAUCUGUGACCUUCUCCUUGACAACCACAGUCUUCGCUACAUCCCACUACCUUCGCCGCUGUUGCCCGAUCCAGUCAGGGGUUAUAUGUUGUUUGUUCGGAACAUCACUGUUCUCCAAGGUUACAUCAAGUAUUUUGAGAUGCACAGUAACGUCAGACCGGGCUCAGACACUGGAAGCUCCCUGAUAUGUGAAGGUUGGAUGGCUGCAACAAAAAAAAUAAAAAUUUCAAGCAUUGGCUCUACUUCUGGUAGAAGCAACUGGGAGGAGGACUGUACUAUCAGAUGCUCAGAUGAUGUACCAUUGGAUAGCCCUGUGUAUGCCCAAAUGCUACCUAAUCCGCAGGAGGGAGAUGAUGCCAAGCCAAGCCUGAAGAAAAUUCGUGUAGGCUAUCCUGCUCUUAGCUUGCAUGACGGUGAUGUUGUUUACCUUAUGCACAUGCCUGAUCCCCGUGGGGAUAAGGCCUGUGUGAUUGCUCUUGAUAUGAGGAACAAGGCUGUAAAAGGCGUGGCUAAUUUUGGCGGCUCUGGAAGACCCCUGGGUCCUUCUUACACCUACCUUCCGAGUGGGAUCUCCAAGCAUCUGGGCAUUUUCUCAUCAACCAGGUCCUCGUCCGCACCGUUGUGCGGCAACUGUUGCAGCCACAAUGUUCCCACCAUUUGCUAGCCAGACACAGCUAAAUGCCAGAGCUAGCUAGCGCAUAAUAGUGCACUAGUAGUAGUACACUUGUAUCAUCUUCAGCAAACUACUCCCUAUUCCCAAGAAAUUGCACGUAUAGGGAGAGUUGAGGCAAAAAACCUGCUUCAGCAGUCUCCCUAAACCCAAAAAAUUAUCUCCUCAAAUAGUGGAGAGUUGCAACCCUCCCCAUAAAUUUUCAAUGCUUGCCAUGUCAGUGCGCCGCCUCCAUUGACCGCCGCGCCACUGGACCACUGCCGCCUGCUGGAACACCACCGCUGCCGCCGGACUUCUGUGCUGCCGUUGCUGGACAUCCGCGCCGCCGCCACCUGCCACCGCAGCCUUGACGAAAAGAUGCAAAUGAGAGAGAGGAAAAAAAAUGACCCACUGGCAGGCGUGGCCCAUUUGUUAGGGAGAGUUGUAUUGGGACAAAAUCGGCAAUCACUAUGGUUGGCUUAUUUGAGGGGAAAUAUUGCAGUGGAUCCGUGGCCCCUGUAAAAAUUGCAGUACAUUUAGGGUCUCCCUCUUCUUCAUAUUAGUUGUCAUUCUAGUUUUGUCCAAAGUCAAACCUUUCUUUCUAUCUUUAAUAACUACCGGUUUCUAGAAAUGCGUAUAGUUUAGUGUGAACUCCAUUUUUCAACCCCUAGUUUAACAAUUGGCCCAUUUAGCAGAAAUUCUUCGCACUUAUCCCAUUCAGUAAAAGUUGUGUCAGCUUUCACCCCCUUUUAAACUUGACCCAUUCUGUAAGGUUGCACCGAGUUAUCAGCUCUACGUGGCUUGCAAUAUCAUAAACAUAUUUUGCCCUGGCAUAUUUAAUAUCCGACUACCUUCUCAGGUCCUCAUCUGCACCUUUGUGUGGCAACUGUUGCUGCCACAAUGUUCUCACCUUCUGCUAGCCAGACAGAAUUAAACACGAGAGCUAGCCAGAGCAUAAUAGGGCACUAGUAGUAGUAGUCCACUUAAGUAGAGUAUUUUGGUUGUAUUUUUCGUAAUUAUUGUUUUUGUUCUAGUACUAGUACGUAGCAUAAAA